AUGUGCACGCAGACAGGACGCAUUCCGCAGAAGUCCCAAUACAAGUCGUCAAGAAGAAACGUGCAGAAUGUUAUAAUUUCGAAUGUUUUCUCGGUGGACAACGGCAUCGAGAAGUUCGUCUCCUGUGAGAUACUUGGCACCAAGGUUACCAUACAGGUCGACGCGGGAUCUCAAGCAACAAUGCUGAACCGGUCCACGUGGGAAAUGCUUGGUAGUCCAGAACUUGAACCCGUACCUCAUAGUAUACACUGUUUCAACCAGAAGCCAAUCAAAGUCCUUGGAAUGACUUUUCUAGAUGUCCGUUGGAGGAAUCAUCGGUUUUCGUUGGAAGCCAUCUUCACGGAAGCAGCCACUCUCAAUGUAUUAGGGAAAACGUGCAUUUCUGCCCUGGCGAUUAAUCUGAAGAAGAUGUUCGUGGGUGCCACCAACAGUGUUCCAGAUCGAGGGAAAACACUUGAAACAUUGCUCAAGAAGCAUCCAGGCGUGUUCCGAGGUGGUCUAGGGAGGCGCACUAAGACGAAGGUUCAUCUUCAGUUCAAGCAGGACAGUCACCCCAAGUUCUUCAAGGCACGUCAUAUACCCUUCGCCAUCCGUACUGCCGUCUAG